CAACGGCGUCUCCAAACAGUAUCACUCAACGCAACUUCCACUCGUCGUUGCGGUGUAUUGCAGGGUGCGGGUAUAGAAAGCGCAAUGGUGACGCAAGUGUAGAGAACAUCUACCUGGGCACUUUGGAUUUUCCAUCGCUUGGACAUCAUCACCUAUUGGGAUUUCCUAUACGAGGUUUCGCAACUCCAACCUUCAUUCAUGGCAUCGAAUAGCAGCCAUGCGUCCUUCACGACGGUUUUCAUUCGUUCUCUUAUGUCCGCUGGUCACAGGCGUCAUCACAGUCCCCACUCGCGUUCGCGUCAUUGGUAUCGAAAACGCAGCUGACGCCGUAAUCUCGAAUCCCCUCGACCCAUCCUUUGCCGGCUUUGGUAUCGAAUCGAGCAACCUGUUCGACUUUACUGGUCAUGAAGAACCAAACAGGUUCUCCCUCCAGCUCCUCCAGAACCUUGCCGAGUUCUCCGGUAGACCCCCGUAUAUUCGCGUCGGAGGCAAUACGCAGGACUACAUGUUAUAUGACAAGAACCAUAGCGCAUGGCACUGGAUCAAUAAUCCCUCCUGCAAGGGUCGGGGAACAGUUCCUUCGGACUCAAUGGUCAUUGGACCUAGGUUCUUCGAGUCGCUCGAUCGCCUUCCGUCGGGGACACCACUUACGUUAGGGCUGAAUCUGGGUUACGUGGGCACUGACUAUGAGGACAAGCUCGUUGAAUUCGCGGCCGCAGCCGUAAACAGUCUGAAGAACGUUAUGCUCAGGUCAUUUGAAAUCGGGAACGAGCCGGAUCUGUACCUCCAAAAUCAAUUACGCGCGGGAGCGUGGGCAGGGGACACCUACACUUCGGAGUUCCUUCACCGUGCCAAACUCCUGUAUGAAAAGGUUCUCGAACCGGCUGGUUUGCCGUCGCAGUUCUUCGAGCCGCCUUCUUCUGCUUCCACAAUUGGCAACACGUUUGAAAUUUUAUCAUUGGCAAAGGCCGGACUUCUAGGCACGUAUGAUGGGAGGGAAUAUGUGGCAUCCUGGAAUCAGCAUAACUAUUUCUACUUUAUCGGAGUUAGCAAAGGGAAUAUUACAAUCGACAGGCUACUGAACCUGGAUGCUACCGAUGAGCAAUUUGCUUACUGGAAGAAGCAAGUCGCAAUCGCAAUUGAUCAAGGCCGACCGUAUGCACUUCGCGAAAUGAGCUGUGUCGGACCCCUUGGCCUCCAUGGGGUCAGCGACACUUUCGCAUCGGCUUUGUGGGCGUUCAACUUCUUGCUUUAUGCAGCCACUCUUAACAUUUCCAGCGUCCAGAUGCAUGUAACGGACAACUCGUACGCAGCAGCCUGGAAGCCGACCGACCUCGAUGGUGUUGCUCCGCAUGUUCGACCCCAGUAUUAUGCUCAUGCUGCUAUGGCCCAGAUAAUCGGCAGUGGAAAUGGGACCACGCAGAUUGGUGCUAUCAAUCUGGAAGACAUACCUGAGCAGUACAAAGGCUACAUCCGAGCAUACUCCGUAUACUGCAGCAGUGUUCUUUCAUCCAUCAUCCUAAUCAAUUCGAAGCCUGCGAUGGAGUCUGAGGAUAAUAAGGCAAACUUCAUCUUCGACAUUCAGUGGGGAGAUGGCUCUGAAAGGACUAAGAAAAAAGUCCUCGUCUCCUACCUAACGGCCCCUGGCGCAGACUCAUUCACUGGAGUCGUCUUUAACGGCAUGUCUUUCUCCGACAUUGACGGAACAAGGAUCGACGUGGACGAUACGGUUCAAAUGAUGACGACCAAUGAAGAUGGCGUGACGAGAUUCCAGCUUCGUGACUCCGCAGCCGCCGUUCUGAGAAUGGACAAUGUCCGGUUAGGGACCGAGCCUGUGGCGACCAGCCCCCCGAAAUUUACCAUGGCGCCAAAGGGAACGAAGAGCUCGUCGUCCACGUCCUCUAUUGAGAGCUCGUCUACGUCUUCUGUGCGAGCGGCAACUUCAGCGGCCGUCGUAGGUACGGGUCCGAUGGUGGUAAUUCUGGUUAUAUGCAGGAGUCUUUGCUGGCAAGGACUGGCGGCAGCCCUGGUGGCUUCUAUUGUCGGUGACGUCUUUGGUAUAUUGUGAAUGGCCGCGUUCAUGGUAGUGUGCACUCGACAAUGGUGAUUGAUUCGUCCUGAGGUGGUUGAAUGGAACAAAUGAUAGAGAGGUUUGAAAUUGUUUACUACAACUCUAUUUAUAUCCUAUUUUGAGGUAAGAUAGCUUGCCUGGAAAACAAGGCGCGCGCCCUUAUGUACCACAGUCAUGCACUCUACUGUUAUCCAUCAAAACUCGGACCAAUGACGAAACUUCAACUGCCUUGAAAUGCCGCAGGGUGUUGACUAAUCAUAGAUUUCUGGUCGGCGGAUGGACUUCCGUAACGCCGUCGUACAUAUUUAUCAUCCACUGAGAGACACUAUCUGUUCGCCACGGCGGAAAAUCACGGAACAGGAAAACAAAACAGGGUGAUGGCUGACGGAAGCACCAUUGUAUGCAGUAUAUGCUGAGCGAUGAUCGCCAAG